AUGUCAAAGUAUAACAAGCUCGCCGGAAAACACGUCCUCGUCAUCGGAGGCAGCAAGGGCAUUGGCCGCGGCGUUGUCGAGGCCUCCCUCGAAGCCGGCGCCAUAGUAACACUCGUGGGCUCCUCGCAGAAGAGCGCAGAUGCAGCAGUAACAGACAUCAAGACGACUUACGCUUCAGCGAAUCUCGUGGGACUGGGCUGCGACCUCUCCCAAGACACGGUCGAGGAUGAUCUGGAGUCCCUGUUCCAAAAGGCCGGCGGCACCCAACCCAUUGACCAUGUGGUGCUGACGGCAGCCGAUAGCCUGACGCUUCCACCCCUCGACAACAUCUCGACCGCGACGAUCCGACACGUCGGCCACAUGCGCCUCGUGGUACCGGUCCUCGUAGGCAAGACGGCAGGGCGGCACCUGCGCUCAAAGCCCGACGCCAGCCUGACGCUGACGACGGGAUCCAUUGCCGACAAGGGCGUGGCGGGCUGGUCGCUCAUGGCCUUUAUGGCGGCCGGCCUGACGGGCCUGGCGCGCAACUUGGCCCUGGACCUCCAACCCGUGCGCGUCAAUGCCGUCGAGCCGGGCCUGGUGGAUACGCCGCUCUGGGACACCACAAUGACGGCCGAGCAAAAGGAUACCUUCUUGCGCGAGGCGGGGGCUCGGGCACCUGUUGGACGCGCGGGCCGGGUCGAGGAUGUGGCCGAGGCGUAUCUGUAUGCCAUGAAGGAUGGAAAUUGUACUGGUGAGAUAAUCAAGACUCGGAGCGGUGCGCACUUGGUUUGA